AUGUCACGUCAGAAUUCUACCGCCUCCGCCAGAGCAAACCGAGGCGGCGAGGAUCUACCUUACGGCUGGGAGAAGGUGGACGACCCUCAGUACGGCUCGUACUACGUCGACCACAUCAACAAGCGGACGCAGUACGAGAAGCCGUUCAUCGUGUCCAGUAAGUCGAGACGUAGUUCGAGUGGUUUGUUCGUUCGCGGUUGUAGGCGUUAG